AUGGAGGAUGGAUAUGAUCAGAGCAAGAAAUGGAGGAUGGAUAUGACCAGCCCAAACAACAUGGUGAAUGUCAAGAUGGUGAUAUGCGCACUUUGUUUGGUGGGCUUUGUUCUGUUUUCUUCUGUAUUAAUAAAGGAUCGAUCAAAAAAUGAGAUCAUCAGGAUUGAUCGAGAUUUCAAGCCUAUUAAGAAAGAUAAUCAAGAAGAAAAUCGCAGUCGGCUAGUUGAGUUUCAACAGGAUAAGUAUCUUCGUGGCCUAAUUGCCCAAGGAUUCGAUGAGGAAUCUUGUGUCAGUAGAUAUCAGUCCCUCUGGAAAAACAAAGGGCCACAAGCACAUCAACCUUCUCCCCAUCUCAUCUCUAAACUAAGAAACUAUGAAGCACUGCAUCGACAAUGCGGGCCUAACACGGAAUCCUUCAAAAAAGCCUCAGAAUAUCUUAACUCUAGCAUUCACAACAAAACCAGUAAUCACAGCAGUUCUUCAGAUUGUAGUUAUGUCAUCUGGACAGCCUGUGACGGUUUAGGAAACCGGAUGAUGACUUUGGUUUCUGCUUUCCUUUAUGCACUUCUGACACAGAAAAUUCUCCUGGUGGAACCUAAAAGUAACAUUUCCAGCCUUUUCUGCGAACCAUUCCCUGGUACUACAUGGCAGAUUCCAUCUAGUUUUCCAUCAAUCAUUAAGAACUUCGGUAAGGACUCUCCCCAGACCUAUGAUUAUAUCCUUAAGUGGCAAAAACCCGAGCCAAUGAUUCCGCCCUAUGCUUAUAUGUACUUAGCCCAUGACUACACCGACAAAGAUAAGCGCUUCUUCUGUGAUGAGGAUCAGACAUUUAUCCAAAAAGUACCCUGGAUCAUCAUAAAAUCAAACCUGUAUUUUGUUCCUUCACUUUUCCUGAUGCCAUCUUUUCAAAAUGAACUCAACAACCUGUUUCCAGAGAAAGAAACUGUUUUCCAUUUCUUGGGCCGGUAUUUAUUUCAUCCAACAAAUUCUGUUUGGAGUUCUAUCACCACAUACUACUGGGCUCACCUGGCAAGAGCAGAUGAAAAGAUUGGCAUCCAAAUCCGAACCUUUGAAAUCAAAAGUGAUCCUUUUGAUAAACUUUUACAUCAGAUUCUAACUUGUGUCAUCAGUGAGAAUGACCUAUUACCAAAAAUCAACGGGAUGAUCAGAAAACCCGAAAAUCAUGAAUCGGCAAAAUCCAACAGGACCAAAGCUGUCCUGAUGACAUCACUUGACGCUAGAUACUCCGAUGCAAUCAAAAUGAUGUACAAGCUCCAUUCAACUCAGACAGGGGAAAUCAUUCGGGUUUUCCAGCCAAGCAACGAGACGAAACAGAGAUUUUCAAAUCAGGCUCACGAUAGGAAAGCCCUGGCAGAGAUGUAUCUACUAAGCUUGGCGGAUAAACUGGUUACGAGUUCGAAAUCAACUUUCGGUUAUGUUGCUCAAAGCCUGGGGGGAUUGAAGCCAUGGAUUCUUUACAGUCGUCCACAUGAAUAUAACGCCACGAAUUCAGGUUGUCAGCGCGCUCUGUCUAUGGAACCCUGUUUCCACGUUCCGCCAACCUUGGAUUGCGAAACUGGUAAAAGGGUCGAUAAAGGUAAAAUUGUUGGUUGUGUAAGGCACUGCGAGGACAUGAACAGGACUUCAGGUCUUAAACUUUAUGAUGAAAGAUGAAGACUACCUGACCAUUUUCGUGAUCAAGUUCCUUGAAUACAUUAGAAUUACGUAUUCUCUCCGUCC